AUGGCUGCCAGCGCUGUCCUUUCAGUGAUGGCAUUGUCCCAUUGUUCCAUCAUUUUUGUGGCAGAAUAUCACAGAGAUUUUGGGAUCAAUGGGUCUGUGGCUGAUGGGGAAGGUGGUUUGGGAGUGAAUGUGACCAAGACCAGGGAAUCCGGGAUCCGCAGGAUCUCCAGCCCCAACACCAACUGCAACAUCUCCAGCCUCAAAUCCUCUGCCUGCACAACCCCAAACGCACUCCACAUCCCCACCACCACCCCGUGGACUUCCCAGAAUGCCUCUGAGACCCAACCAAGCCUGGGCUACCACUGCUACGAUGACUUCUCUCAAGCCCAGCUGCACUUUGUCCUCCCACUGCGCCUUUCUCUCUUCCUCAUCCUCUUCUUCAUCCCCUCUGCCAUCACCAAGUUCUGCUACAUCGGCCUCAUCCGUGCCCUCCUCACUCGACCCCACAUCCCGCUGCAGAAGAAGUACCGCACUGUGGGGCUGGCUGUGGUCACCAUGGUCAACUUUGGGGUCUGCUUUGGACCCUACAACAUCUCGCAUGUGGUGGAUGUGCAGCAGCGCAGCCCUGAGUGGAGGCCCUACGCUCUGCUCCUCACCACCCUCAGCGCUGCGCUCGACCCCUUCAUCUUCUAUUUCUCCUCCAGUGCAGUGCGGAGGGCGGUCAGUGGGAUGGUGGGAGCAAUUCGGGGCACAGUGUGUGGGUUUUGGGGUUGGUGUUGGCAGAGACUGUGA